GACCUAUCUUCUUCCGCAGACGCGGAUCCGCGCGCCCCAGGCCUCGCGCCGCCCGGCCGUCCAGUGGCUUCCGGAGCCCCACUCCCUCCACCGAGCCUUCGGCGAGUCCCGGAACGACCCCGCGCCCCUCUUAUCGGCGCGCGCGCAACAUGGCGCGCCCCCAGGUCCUCGCGUUCGGACUCCUGCUCGCCGCCGCGACGGCCGCGGCUCAGAAAGAAUGUCUCUGUGAAAACUAUAAGCUGACCACAGACUGCUUUAUGAAUGAAAAUGGUGAAUGCCAGUGUACAUCCAUUGGUACAAAAAAUACUAUCAUUUGUUCCAAACUGGCUUCCAAAUGUUUGGUGAUGAAGGCAGAAAUGACUUACUCUAAGUCUGGGAGAAGAGUGAAACCUGAAGGGGCAAUCCAGGACAAUGAUGGGCUUUAUGACCCUGACUGUGACGAGAAAGGGCUCUUUAAAGCCAAGCAGUGCAACGGCACUGCCACAUGCUGGUGCGUGAACACUGCAGGGGUCCGAAGAACUGACAAGGACACUGAAAUAACCUGCUCUGAACGAGUGAGGACCUUCAGGAUCACCAUUGAACUAAAACACAAAGCAAGGGAAAAACCUUACAAUGCUCAAAGUUUGCAGACUGCACUUCAGGAAAUGAUGUCCACUCGUUAUCUACUGGAUCCAAAAUUUAUCACAAAUAUUCUGUAUGAGGAUAGUGUUAUCAUUAUUGAUCUGGUGCAAAAUUCUUCUCAGAAAACUCAAAAUGAUGUGGACAUAGCUGAUGUGGCUUAUUAUUUUGAAAAAGAUGUAAAAGGGCAAUCCUUGUUCCGUACAUCAAAAAUAGACCUGAAAGUAGAUGGGGAACAACUAGAUCUGGAUCCUGGUCAAACUUUUAUUUACUAUCUUGAUGAAAAACCCCCUGAAUUUUCAAUGCAGGGCCUAAAAGCUGGUAUUAUAGCUGUCAUUGUGGUUGUGACAAUAGCAGUUAUUGCUGGUAUUGUUGUGCUGGUUAUUUCCAGGAGGAAAAAAACUGCAAAGUAUGAGAAGGCUGAGAUAAAAGAGAUGGGUGAGAUGCAUAGGGAACUCAGUACAUAACUACUGUAGUGUGAAGAUUAACUACAAGAAAGGAAAUUAUCAAAGGAACUCGGAUUACAUAUGAAGAUGGAACAAAAAGGAAGACCUUUGAAGAUUACUGUUUUGUUGGUUAACAUCAUAUAUUUGUAAUAAUGAGCCUGUACUCACAAUGUAAGCAGCUUGAAAUUGGCAUUACCAAUCUUGAAAUUUCAUCAGUGUCUUAUAUGUGCAAAUCUAAUAAUAUAAAACCAGGAACUUUGGCUGCAUAGUUAAAAUUAUUUAUGCAUAAUAUUGAAGAGUGUGCAUUAAAUAUGCUUCCACAGUAGUGUUUGAAUGACCACUGUCUCAUUCAUGAUUGACGUUGCCUUUCCAUUUACUUUAAGACUUGUACAUAUAAACUUUUUUUAUGAAGUGUGAAAUAAAACAUUUUGAAUUUC